AUUUUACGAUUUAGGUUGUUUGUAAAUUCAAUGCCAGAGUGCGGUCUGGGCGUUCGUAAAUCCAGAGCGUUUUACUCGCCCUAGUAGAGCUAAGAAUGCACUGUUUCUGGUGAAGUUGUUCUUCCAUUACAUGUUUUCCAAAGAUUAUUUAUUCAAGUAUGUGUUGAUGACCAGAAAUGUAAUUUUUUUUUUAGGCCAUUUUCAUUUUAUAUUGAGCGUUGGUGACACCGACUAUAUUCAUCCAGUGUUUAGCAUUCGUAAAUUCAUCAGUUAUUCUGCGCGAGAAUGCUCUGAAAUCGGAGUAGUAGUUAAUAAUACUGUCUGGCAAGUUCGAUGUAUUAGUAGCCAACUAAAGUUGGGUAGAUAGCUAACAUAUCAGUACCUACUGCUCUAAUGCUCAGCGGUUUGUAAGGAUGUAGCUAAUUAAUUGUCAGCCAACAUAGCGUGUAACGUAAUUUAUUUUAAAAGUGAUUACAUUGCUCAACAUUUUUUACAAUUUGUCAUAAUUAGUUAAAACAAGUCAUUUGUUUUUGCCUUCGUCAGACUUCGGCUGCAAAUUUUCCGCCAUUCUUUUCAAAUCUGAAAAGGUGAAGCAACGCCCAUUUUCGGAAGAACUGCAUUAUGGGUCCUAAAAGCACGGAAAGUGUCCACUGCAUGUGUACUUCGUAUUUUGGCGAAUUUAGCACGAGUUUCGGAAACUUUUGACAUACUAACUAUAUCCAUACUAUGACCAGUAUACUAUAUACUCAAAUCCCGUCACAAAUAGUGCGGUUGGUAGCAGAGUAUUCAGCUUAGAUUUAGUGAAGAUAAUAAUUGGAGGGUGGUCUCACACUCCAGUACAGUAGGUGGCGGUGUAUGCACCUUUCAGUUGGUUGCAAUCCGAAAAUACAAAUGUAAAUAAGUAGUAAACGGAAGUGAAUAGUGAUCAAGAACAAUUUUCGCGCUAGCGUUUUUGUUUUGUUAUUUAGACAUUUAUUAACACUCUGGAACUCAAUGCAUUCAUUUUAACUGCAAAACAUAAUAUACUUAACUCGGGUAGUCUUUAAUUCGCGUUGAAGACAGGACUUGGUUGAUAGAUGUUAUCUAGGUAACGCUAGCUAGCUGCUAACGUUAGUUAACAAUGGCUAACGGUAUGGUUUUUCACACUCAAAUAGCCUCGAUUAUGGAGGUGCUAGCGAAUGCAGCCGUGGCAGAGAUCUGUAAACUCGUAGACGACGACUAUGCAGUGUUUCGUUUGGAAAUAACUCAAAGCCAGAAAGAAAACAGGGGAUUGCGGAGGAAACUACAGCUGCUGGAAAUGAAGGUGUCACGGGAGCGCGCAGAGAGGACAAUACGAGAGCGCGUCCUCGGCAGUCGUCCCAGUAGUGUCAAGAUCCUCGACCGAUACAGAGGAUUGGCUAGAGGUGAAGGACAUCUCACCGGAGGCCACAGGAGCUUUGUGAAGCCGGCGGGACACAAUACAUGGAGAGAUGACCAACCCAUAGCUUCUGCAGAUGCAGAGGCUGCAGGUCCUGAAGGAUCGUCUCUGGUCAAGAAGGAGAGGACUGAAGGAGAGGACCCACUGCACAGCGGAGACAUCCAGACUGGAGCAGUGGCUACAGUGGCACCUCCUGUAGCCACGGAGGACCUCACAACUGCCGCCUCGCCCCAGCCCAGGACCGGACGCAGCAUCACGGAGGGAUCGCGACCCAGUGUCCACAUCAAUGGCAACUUCCGAUUCACAUGGCUGUGUCCUUUUCGAUCAGGUAUUGAACUCAGAGGACCAAAGGGCCAAGGCGUGGGGAGGGGGACCAACUUCAGUCAAUAG